UCCCCUCAUUACUAACCCCCAGACCACAAUGCUGUGUUGACACACAACACACUGACACUCUCGGACAUAGAAGUUAAUGGAUAGUGAUGGGGUAGGUUAGACAUACCUGUCUGGAUGUAAAUGUCAUGGAUCUCAAUCUCUGCGUCUGGCUCUGGACCAUAUUAUGCUGGGUGGAUGUUCUGGGGCAGGGGACCAGGGAUGGGGCUGUCCCUCAUCUGUCAAAGAAAGAUGUUCUGCUGUUGGCGGAUGAUGCAAAUCCAAAGUGUUUUACCAGGACACAGUAUGACUUCACCUGUUUCUGGGAGAUGCCAGACAACAAGUCUUAUGACUUCGUCUAUAGUAACGAUGAUCACCGAUGCCAGUCAUAUUCUCUCUGUCUGUUCAGUCGGGAGGAGAAGAGGUGUAAUCUGAUUCUCCAGAGGACAGAGGAGGGGACAGUCCUCCAUGUCUGCUCCUUCCCUCCCUCUGAGGUCUUCCUGUUCACCUUCACACACAUCAGAGUGAUGGAGGGCAGCUCCAACUACACACUAUACGCACGCACGGUCAGCGUCGAGGACCAGGUUCUCCUGGACCCCCCUGUGAAUGUAUCCCUUCACCCGACAGGGCAGACUGGGCAGAUCCAGGUGGAGUGGCACACACCCAGAGAGUGGGAGAACAACAUGCAAUAUGGGAUAUGUUACUCCUCCCAGAGCCUGAGGGAGAGAACUGAACUGAUAAAGCCAUUGAGGUCCCAAAUCCACAGCCUGGUCUCUCUGGCGCCAGGGGAGGUGGUCAGCGUCCAGCUGAGGGUCAAACCCAACGGCUACAGCGAGAAAGAGACCAGUGGUCAUUGGAGCGACUGGUCGGUCCCCAAAACUGCCAUGGUUCCUCAGAGUGCAGCUGAUAUCUCAUUGUUGUGCCACACUUCUGACCUGCAAAACAUCACCUGCCAAUGGAAUGGGCAGGCCUACAGAGAUGAUACCUACACCAUAUACUACAAGCUGGGACCCAGUGAAGGUGAGGGCUGGAGAGAGUGUAUGCAGAAUGAGAACAUCUCCUACCAUUGCAGUUUCCAUGGAGCAGAGUCCAGUGAGAUACGGGUCAAACUCAGCGCUGGUCCUGCUACUCCCAGGCGGACCUUCUACACUGAGCCUUUCAGACUCAACAACAGCAUUCAAACAGCCCCUCCUGGGAGGCUGAGGGGACAAUGGGAGAAGGGCAGGCUGUGUCUGAAAUGGGACACACCCUUAUUGGCCCUGUCUGUCCACCUGAUGUACCAGCACCGCUACCAGCCUCGAGAGGAGACUGUCUGGAAGCUGGUGAUCCUGCCGGGCCCAGAGACCAGUACCUGUCUAGACAUUCAGACUGGAGUUCAGUACUAUAUCCAGGUCAGAGCCAGACCCAACGGGUCAGUCUACGCUGGCUACUGGAGCGACUGGUCACCCCGACUCACUGUGGACACGCCCUCAGACAUAGGUGCCCUCAUCUCCUGCAUCCCUCUCAUGAUGCUCGUUGGAUCAGUCGUCUUUAUCUCCAUGUUCUACAGGUAUCUCAGUAAGCUCAAACAGUAUCUGUGGCCACCAGUCCCAAACCUUGACAAAGUACUCCACGGCUUCCUGACAGAUAUCAACGGACAGACUUGGGACCCUCCCUUCAACAUCAAGCAGUGUUCAGAGGAGACCCCAGCUUGUGUCGUGGAGAUCAUGUCUGAGAGGGAGGCUCCAGGCAGAGGGAUGCUUCCUUUACUACUCUCCCCAGAGCAAGGCACUUCAGGCGGGGAGGAGGAGAGCCUGCCUACCCUGGUCCUGGAGGUCAGUCCGGACUACGUGACCCUGACCACGGAUGACGUCAUCCCCCGUCUCGGAGGGAACGAGUACGUGUACGAUGGGGAGGUGGGGGCGGAGUCUCAGAGCCUGUGGGUGGGGGGAGAGGAGGUGCUCCAGGUGAGGUGUCACUGCUCCUUUACUAGGUCCUCCAGCUUCCCAUCUUCCUCCAGUACCACGGACAUCCUCAACCACUCCUACCUACUGCUGGCCGAGCACCCCAUUAAGAGACUGGACUAUCCAGGGCAGCAGUGCGCCCCCCAGGGCAGCAGGGUCUAUGUCAACCUGGAGGACACAAGCUCAGCAAACACAAAUGCCUGAUUGGCACUCUGGCACAGCACAACACAACAAGGGCACACAAAUUCAUGAAAAAGACAUGGGGAAAAAUAGAUGAAACCAAGUACAAAAUACAAGGGGGAGGCUUUAAAUAUCAAAUGUGCUAUUCUCAAAACAAGGAUGUAUUUAGGAUAUUCAACUUUGCACAAUGCUGGAUGAAAUAUCUUUACGUGCCUAGGAAAAAUGUAAGACACAGCUCAAGUGUGCUUGUGGAUAUAAAAGGGGCUUCAGAAUGGACAGUUACAAAACAUCAACACAAUAUCCAUUACAUCACUAAUAAAACAGGUCAUUGAAUAUGUCAUUCAUUUGUAGCAUGUACAGUACAUUGUAAAAAGGUGUGACUAUUAUUAUAGAUUUAGUUUGGGAUUUGUGGGAUAACAUGCCAGGUGUACCCAAAUCUGGAUGAACCGAGAGGGACUUUGAUAUUUUCCUUGGACAUACUCUAAAUAUGUAGCUAUUUUGCUUGUCUUACGCCUGGCUGUACAGUAUAUGUCUAUCGUUAUCUUUUCACCCUACAAACAAUGCUUUCUUCAUUCUAGCCAUCAACACAAUGAGUUAGCCAGAUCUAAAUAUCCUUCCAAUAGUUUGUGACAAGGGUAAUUUUCAGCAAACACACACAAAACCAAGUAUGUCAUGAUCUCUUGUGUGCUUGGAUUAGAACAGAAUUCCAUAAUAAAAUACGAUGCCGUUUCCCUUUCAAAUGCUUCCAAAAACGAAUGGUGCUGACAACAAUGACAACAUUGAAAAGCAUUUGUAAAAUAAAUAUUAAAAACAGAGGAUCCUUGUCCUUAAAAAAACAACCUCUGCCUCUCAGAAGACAGCAUCAAACCAAACUGUGAGCCUCUAAAAGAGCCACCAUAUCACCUUGUAUAUAUGGUCAGAUUCAUUGACACAGUAAGGGGUGUCUGUGGGAUUCAUGUUCCCAGUCCUGAGUGGUACAGUAGUAUUGGCUAUGGUCAAGGGCAGGCAUGGGACUAUGUGGUCCAACAGUUGACAUGGAGAGUUUCAGUGUGAGAGAGGGAUCUUGGUUCUCACAAAACAAUACAUUGAUCAAUUGACAGAGAUAGUGCUAAUAGAGCCAGUUUCCUUUCCCUAUCUGGCUCAGGAACUGAUAUACUUACAGUUUAAUGCUUGACUGCAACUGAAACCUGGUGAUACUGCAGCUCUCCUGAACUGAGAUGUUUUGUUGUUGUUAUGUUAGGACCAACCUUGUCAGAAAACACAGGGUGGACCCCUGCCUGGACCCCUGGUGGUCUCUCUGUCGGCCUUGCGUGCGUAGAGCACGUCGUCCUGGCUGACGUCGAGUCUGACCCUCUGUAGUACGUCUAGAUGGCUGGCCUCCAGCAGCGGCAGACAACACGCCCUCGGGUGCUGACACACGGCUAGACCCUUGGACACACUGAUGGGCUGCAGGCCCUCCACACGACACAACGCCUGGUGCUGCACUAACACCUAGAGGGAGGGUGGAGGACUUUAGAUAAGGGAAUCUCUGGAAAAAUUCACAAUGCAGGUAAAAGAGGGAAAGAUGUGUGUUGAGCAAGAGCUGUAGUAAGUCAAUGUUGACCUCAGUAGGGUCUAUACCUGUUGGAAGGUGACCGCCUCCAGUCACAGCUGCCUGAACUCAGCGAUGACCGCCCUCAGGAAGAGCUGCUCCUACACCAAUGCACACCGAACACACAUCGAUUUCACAUAGAUCGACAGCUCUCUGGGCCAAUGGGAACCAAUUGACAGCUCUGUGGGCCAAUGGGGUUUAUCUUACCUGAUGGCUUUGAUGUAAGAGGAAGAGAACUUCUCAUCCAGGGCCUCCAUCACAUGAUACCCACCAAUCCUGUGGAGGACGGGAGAGGGACAGCGGUCAGAGACAGACACACCACUCACCGAUAGGUACUGCCAAAUAAAACACUUCACAGUAUCACUGGCAGACCUUUCCAAUCCAUGGUUCUAAUCGAUGACAUUAACUGAUCAAUUAAGAGGCAGGAAGAAAAACAAACAGAAGGACUGGAACGCAAGGACCUGAGAUGUGCACCCCUUGGGAUGGAUAAUAAAAUGACAAAAAAAGGCCUACCUUUCUAGAGAUAAAGUUGAAGACCUGUCAGAAGCUCAUUAGUAAGCUCCUUAAUAAGUACAAAUGCAUAUGUAAUGAAGGUAGAGGUGAUUGCGAGCUUGGACACACCAGUAGAACAGCGCCCUCAUGUGGUGGUGGACGUGGCGCCUCUUUGGCCAAUCAAACAGGUUGUACAUGCUUCCUGGUCCACAGCAAUUCCAGCUAAGGAGUGGAACACAGGGUCAGUCAUAGAAAUGGAAUGACUAGAGCAAGCAUCCCCAUUCAAGUCAAUGAUGUGUAAUUCUAUUGCAAUGGGUCCAAGAAAUGUGUAGAGUAGAAAUAAUGAGACAAAUAUGGAAUGGGCAUAAUCCUCUGUCUUGAUAUCUAUCAUCGGCAUCUCCCACUUGGGGUCAACGAUGGUUACAACCAAAAUAAAAAGACAUUCUCCUAUCCUUAC